CCACGCUGGUCACACCGCCGAGUUGCAUUUUGUUUAUUUUAUCACAGAAAUAGAGCGAAAAUGAUUGAGGCGCGCACGCUGCAGGACGAGUCGAAGUUCCAGGAGACGAGCCGGGAGAUCACGAUGAAGGUGCUCCGCGGCGAGUACCGGCUGCUCCGGCGGAAGCACGGCAGCACCGUGUGGCAGGUUUACCGGGAGGUGGUUCGCACCGACGGCGCAAUCAUCAAUGGGAUCUACUUCUGUACCGGCUGCAAGCGCGUCAUGCGAUCCUUCAACACGUCGAAUCUGCGCACCCACAAGUGCCAUGUGGAGUUCAUGCGUUCGCAGGAUCCAAAUGCCGGGACAUUCUCGGAUGCGGAGCCUGUUCAACAGCGCCAACAGCAAGACCGCCGAAUCACCUGGAGCAAUUUCAAGCCCGCGGAGUGGUCCUUCCACGCAACCGAGCUGCUCCUCCAGCUUUGGGCCGCCAAUUGCGUCGAUCUGCGGGACACUCGAAAGCGGGUCAAGGUUAUCUGGAAAAUGACCGGCAAAAUGAAGUCGCUGGGCUUCACUUUCACGGAAAUCAAGAACAAAAUUGAUGAUAUGGCCCAACGCUAUAGACGAGAAGCACACAUGGAAAAAACUUCGGGGACGCCAUCCGAAUGGGAAUAUUUCGAAACCCUAAAUUUAAUAUUUAGCGCCGAAAAGAAUCUAGUCGAAGAAAAGCCCAGAAGAUCGAAUAACUCUGGAAAUGGUUCAAUCAACAAUAGCGGUCGUCACUCAUAUUCCAGUCAAAAUAAUGAAUCCUUCAAGGAGAAAAGUCACUUAAAAGAGCUAACAGCAGGGUUAACCAGAAAUGAAGACUAUGAUUUCGAACCAGAUGAAUCACAGGACGACGUGGAUGAACUUCGCAUUCUAAAGGACAAUAUUAUUAAGGAAAUCGAGGAGGAAACCUCCACUGUACAUUCGCAGGAGAACUACGAGGACGAGCUCGAUCAACAGAAUUCCACGACCGAUGAAAUGAAAAGAGCUAAACGCAAAAGAGCCGCUAGAAUGCUGGAAAUUGAAGAGGAAAAACUGGUCAUAGAACGAAAAAAAUGUAAACUGAUGAAGUUUUUUGUGCGGGAGCUGUCCUCAUUUCAUAAAGACUUUAUGGACGUUCUAAGUAGUUAUAAAGAAGAAUCAUAAAUACCUUUCUGGAACAUGAGUGAGCCGCCACACAAUCUUUCUAUCAUUACAACUAUUUAAUAUGUCAUACCUUAAUUAAUUUGAUACUUUAAAACGAUUCAUCAAAGCAAAUUAGUUUCAAUAUGACCGAAAAAAUCCGAAUAAGCACUAUUGACAGAAAUUGAUAAGAAUUCAUCUACGGCAUGGACAAAAGUUUUUUCUUAUUUUGGCAAUCGCUCAAUUUAUUAAUUUAAGAUAAUGUUGAUUUAUGCUAAUAAAAACCUAAGAUUUAAAUUAAA